GCCUGGGCGCAGCAUGGCACGCGGCUGCCGCUGCGCCUGAGCGGCUCGGACGCGCUCCGGCGGCGGCGGCCGGCCCAGGCGCUCGCUCGGCGGGCACCGCCAGAGAGGCCCGGACGUGUUGCCAUGGCCGAGGAAGGCGGCGCGGUGUGUUUCAGCGAGGAUGACUUUUACUGUCCCGUCUGCCAGGAGGUGUUCAAAACGCCCGUGAGGACGAUGAACUGCCAGCAUGUGUUUUGCAGGAAGUGCUUCUUGACAGCUAUCAGAGAAAGUGGAACACAUUGUCCUCUCUGCCGGGGGAGUGUGACUAAAAAGGAAAGAUCAUAUCCCAAAAGGGCUCUAGAUGUUGAAAACAAUAUGAAGAAAGCUUCUGGGGGCUGUAGAUGCUGUGAAAAGCAGGUUAGAUUUUCAUGGAUGAGGCAGCACUAUAAAACAUGUAAGAAGUAUCAAGAUGAAUAUGGAGUUUCUUCUAUUAUACCAAACUUACAGAUUUCCCAAGAUUCAACUGGGAACAGUAGCAGGAGUGAUGCAAUAUCUGAUAAUGGAGAGAGGGCUAAUAACCAGAUGCUUCAAGGAGAUACAAGUGGACAUCCAACCUUCAAAUGCCCCCUGUGUCAGGAAGCCAAUUUUACUAGACAGCGCUUGCUGGACCACUGUAAUAAUAGACACCUUUAUCAGAUAGUUCCUGUAAUCUGUCCUAUUUGUGUAUCUCUUCCUUGGGCAGAUUCUAAUCAGGUUACUAGAAAUCUUGUUAGCCAUCUAAAUCUAAGGCACCAGUUUGACUAUGGAGAAUUUGUGAAUCUUCAGCUCGAUGAAGAAGCCCAGUACCAAAAUGCCGUUCAAGAAUCCUGUCAUGUGAACUUUUAAAGUAUAGAUCCCCUUCAACUUACUGAUUAUCUGAGGGGGAAAAACUACAUGAAUUCUGUUGGUAAUAUGAAAUGUAUAUUAAUAAAAAUGGAAUUCAGUAA